GACUUCUGUUUCAGGCAAAUCAGCAAAUGCAAGAGAGUCUUAUAGCUGGGCGCGGAAUUGUGUUUUGUCGUGUUUUAGAAGCUGUACCUUGUCAAGGUAGUGGAGAUAAAAUUAAAUUGCCUCCAUCUUGCUUUACUGAAUUGUCUGAACAAGGUGCCUUUGACAAAGGACCGCUGCACUUCUCUUUGACUGUCAUUCAUCAAAGCAGUUCUUCGAACACAAAUGAUGGACUGACCAACAGGAAAACACAUGCGGGUGUCUUGGAGUUCACUGCAGAGGAAGGCUUCGCAGGGCUGCCUCCUCAUAUAUGGAGUAACUUAUUCUCUGUUGACAACCCAACAUCCCCUACAGUUGAAGUGCAAUAUGUGUGGCUAGCAAAAGGAACAUAUGCAAAACUACAACCUGUUGAGCCAGGCUUUUCUGACAUACCUAAUCACAAGGCUGUUCUUGAAACAAGCCUUCGGCAGCAUGCAACACUAUCAGAAGGCGAUGUUCUCACUGUUAGUCAUGGUGUGCUGACAUACCAUUUGCGUGUGCUUGAGUUGAAACCUUCUUCUAGUGUAUCUGUUUUAGAAACAGAUAUAGAGGUUGAUGUAAUCAGUGCUGAUCCAGCUGCAGAAGGAACAAGUCAACAUAUACUAAGACCUCUAACUUUUGGGAAGCCAGAAGUUGGAGUUGUUGGGGAGGGCAACUACAUCUACUAUAAAUUCUCCAUAGAUGAUGGUACUUGGUUAAGAAUUUCAUCUGGGGAUGCUGAAAUUGAGGUGAAGGUAGAAUCAACAGCACAAGAUGGAGAUACUGAUUUGUAUAUUUCCAGACAUCCUCUGUUAUUCCCAACACAACACCAGCAUGGGUGGUCUUCCCAUGAUGUGGGUUCAAAAGCUUUAGUUCUUGGUUCCAGGGACCAAGGCUUGGGAGCAGAUACUUACAGUAUUGGUGUUUAUGGUUUCAAGGGAACAACCAGAUACCAGCUGACAGUGACAGUUCAAGACAAAUUGAAGCCAAAGUUGGGCCUGCAAACCUCAGUUUCCAUAUCUGAGACAGACACUGUUGAAUGCCGGAAUUGUAAGCAUAACAUACCUUCCAGAAGUAUAGCGCUACAUGAAGCAUACUGUAGCAGGCACAACAUCGUCUGUCAGCAUGCCAGUUGUGGGAUUGUUCUGAGGAGAGAAGAGGCAGAGAAACAUGUCCACUGUGUUAAAUGUGGGCAAGCUUUUCAGAAGGAAGAGAUUGAGAAGCAUAUGAAAGUUUUCCAUGAGCCACUUAAUUGCCCGUGUGGUGUUGUCCUUGAGAAAGAAAAGAUGGUGCAACAUCAAUCUUCCGAGUGCCAUUUGCGGUUAAUUACAUGCCGCUUCUGUGGAGACAUGGUCCAAGCCGGGAAUUCAGCUGCGGAUGUGCGAGACCGGCUAAGAGGACUUACAGAGCAUGAGAGUUUGUGUGGAUCCAGAACUGCCCCUUGUGAUUCAUGUGGCCGAUCAGUUAUGUUAAAGGAUAUGGACAUACACCAUAUUGCUGUUCACCAAAAUAACUGAUCCUAGCUAGCUAGCUAUGCUAUUCAGCUUCUUUCAAAACGAAUAUUGCAUGUAUUCUUCUUCUCCAUUCUUCUGCCCAAUGUUUAUUGAAUUUCAGUGGUUAAAAUCUCUCAAUGGCAGUUGUAUUUAUGCAAUAUGUUAGUAUCAUCUUCAGAAUUUUUCUUGACUUACAGUUUGGCUAUUGUGUACUCCCAUUUAUUUUAUUUUUAUUGUCUUGGCCCCUUUGAAAGAUGGUGGUUAAGUAUUGUACUAUGAUCAUUGUAUUCAGAAAUGAUGGAUAAUAAAUUUAUUUAUUUAGUGUUUUUUCA